GUGGAGGAUCAUCUGUAGAGGUAGUUCCACCGUCUCAUCUACAGAAUCUGGGGAGUAUUCCUUUGGUGGCAUCUUCCAGAUCGUGGAUUAACCGGUAACUGGACCCCGACACCAUAUUUAACCCUGGAGUUGGCCGGAGCACUGACAACAUAGGAUCACCUGCUCCUCCUAACGCUAGACCGUACGUUCCCUCACGAUGGCCGAAGAGCACCAGCGCAUUGCCAUUGUCUCUGUCUAUGACAAGACCGGCCUCUUGGACCUGGCCAAGGGCCUCGUCCAGCACAAUGUCCGCAUCUUGGCCUCGGGCGGCACCGCCAAAAUGAUCAGGGAGUCGGGCUUCCCUGUCGAGGACAUCUCCGCUAUCACCAAGGCCCCCGAAAUGCUUGCCGGACGUGUUAAGACCCUCCAUCCUGCUGUGCACGCGGGUAUACUUGCUCGUAACCUCGCUUCGGACGAGAAGGACCUCGCCGAGCAGAACAUCGACAAAGUCGACUAUGUCAUCUGCAACCUGUACCCGUUCAAGGACACAGUCGCCAAGAUCAACGUCACCGUUCCCGAGGCCGUUGAGGAGAUCGACAUUGGUGGUGUCACUCUCAUCCGCGCGGCUGCCAAGAACCACGCCCGCGUGACCAUCCUCAGCGAUCCCAGGGACUAUGCCGAGUUCCUGAAGGAGCUCGAGGCGGGCGAGAUCAAGGAGUCCAGCCGGAAGAUGUACGCGCUCAAGGCGUUCGAGCACACCGCCGACUACGAUGCUGCCAUCUCCGAUUUCUUCCGUAAGCAGUACGCCGGCGAUGGGCUGCAAUACCUUCCCCUCCGCUACGGCGCCAACCCGCACCAGAAGCCCGCUUCGGCGUACGUGAAGGAGGGCAGCCUUCCCUUCAAGGUCCUCUGCGGCGCGCCCGGCUACAUCAACCUCCUGGAUGCCCUCAACAGCUGGCCUCUGGUCAAGGAACUGAAGAGGGCGCUUGGCAAGCCGGCGGCUGCCAGCUUCAAGCAUGUGUCUCCUGCCGGAGCUGCCAUUGGUGAGCCCCUGGACGCCGACGAGCGCAAGGUCUACAUGGUCGACGACAUUGCCGGCAUUGAGAGCUCCGGCCUGGCCCAGGCCUAUGCUCGCGCCCGAGGAGCCGACCGCAUGAGCAGCUUCGGUGACAUGAUCGCUCUCAGCGACAUCGUCGAUGUUCCUACCGCUUGCAUCAUCUCCAAGGAAGUGUCCGACGGCGUUAUCGCCCCCGGAUAUGAGCCAGCCGCUCUAGAGAUGCUGAAGAAGAAGAAGGGCGGCAAGUAUUUGGUCCUUCAAAUGGACCCCGAGUAUGAGCCCGGCAAGACCGAGCACCGGACAGUCUACGGCGUCAACCUGACCCAGGGCCGCAACGACGUCGAGAUUUCGCCCAACUCCUUCAAGAACAUUAUCACUCCCAAGAACUCAGGUCCGCUUUCCGAGACCGCUUUGCGCGACCUGACCGUCGCCACCAUCGCCCUCAAGUACACGCAGAGCAACUCGGUCUGCUACUCCGCCAGGGGACAGGUCAUCGGUCUUGGAGCCGGCCAGCAAUCGAGAAUCCACUGCACGAGGCUGGCCGGCGAUAAGGCCGACAACUGGUGGCUCCGCUUCCACCCGCGUGUCCUGGGCAUCAAGUGGAAGAAGGGCAUUAAGCGACCCGACAAGAGCAACGCUAUCGACCUACUUGUCAGUGGCCAGCUGCCCAAGUCGGGCCCCGAGCGGGAGACCUUUGAGGCUCUGUUCGAGGAAGUCCCGGCAGCCUUCACCGAGGAGGAGAAGACCGAGUGGCUGUCCAAGUUGACCGACGUUGUCGUGUCGAGCGAUGCAUUCUUCCCCUUUACUGACAACGUGUACCGCGCCGCCCGCUCCGGCGUCAAGUACAUCGCCGCCCCGGGCGGCAGCCAGAAUGACGUGCCCGUCUUUGAGACUGCCGAGAGGUUGGGUAUCACGUUCGUAGAGCAGAACAUACGGCUCUUCCAUCACUAAGAGAGAAUAAAAGUGAUAAUAGACCUAGGAGGUGCUGGGAGGACCAAUAAAAAAAAGAAUCAACGCACAGAUACCCCCGUGCCGACGCCGUUGCUU